AUGGUGUCCUUCGGUGGAGGGGAAUUAAGGUCGAUGAUACCUGCGUUUUUUUGCAGGACAGCGGUUGAAACAAGCAGCCAUGCUUUGUUCUCUUGUCCUGUCGUAUCUCAGUGGUGGCUUGCAAGCCCUUUUGGCCUGCGGUUUCGUGAUGAUGCUCGUGAACCAGAGGAUUUUAUGGGGCAGAUUUUCAGCUGUGAGGAUGCAGAUGUUAUUUGGGGGGCACUUACGUUUCUGUACGCUGUUUGGGAGUGCAGAAAUCGAGCUCUUUUCCAGGGACAGCAACUGAGUAUGGAGAAAGUGUUGGCACGUUUAAAUGCGCUGGAAUCAAUUCCAAGCGGUCCAAUUGUGAGAAGGACGAUGGAGCACAGUACGAGAUGGUAUCCUCCUCAAGCAAAUGUCCUUAAGUUAAAUUUUGAUGCCUCUUUUGUGGAUAAAGUUGCAGGUUUUGGCUUGAUAGCUAGGAAUAAUGAGGGAUUAAUUAUGACUACUGCUUGUGCCUAUCCAGUGGACACUUCAACAACACUCCUAGCAGAAGCAUUGGCCUUUAGAUGGGCGAUCACGUUGGCUUUGAAUCUCCAUUUUUUGGAGGUGUGUUUUGAGACCGAUUGCUUGCAGUUAUAUGAAGCUUGGAAUAAAGGAAGACAAGGUUCUUCUUAUUUGAUGUCUAUCCUUAGUGAUUGUAGGAACUUGAUUUCAGGUUUUAAUGUUUGUUGUUUUUCGUUUGUUUGUUGUUCCGGGAACUCUGUGGUUGAUCGCUUAGCUAAUGACUCCUCUAAAUACCCAAACUACGUUUGGAUAGAGGAGGUUCCCGCGGAAGUUGAGGUUUUGGGUCAAUCUGGUGUAAUUGCCAAUUUGGCCACUUGA